AGCAGUAUCGGCAGUUCAAUAACUCAACACAAACCAAAAAAGCAAACAAACAAAAACAAAAACAAAACCACUCAAUGAUACAAAAAUGGUAUAAAAGCUAUCUACAUACAAUUCGUCGCAGUAUAUUUCGUUCAACCGCCUACAACAUCCUAUUCCAAUCUACAGACACUGAAUGUAUUUUGAUUAUCGCCGCACACAAAAUUCAAACUCGCUUAAUGCUUUACAAAAAUAAUCGCGUUGCUUUCGCAGAUUAAAAAGCAACAAAAUCGGUAGAAAAACUAUCAAGCAAAAAACGGUAUUUUUUAAACCUCUUUUCAUUGCAUUGUAGUGUAAAUAGAAAAAAAGUGCCAAUUUCAUACAUCAGUGACAUCAAAAUCAAACAUGUGCAAACGAAUUCCACCAGGAAAAUCAACGCUUGAAUUGAAAACAUUCUUUGCAACAACAAUUUUGGCAUGCAUAAUUAUGACCAAGAUUGUGAAUUGUGAUGAAAUCGAAAAACGUCCACACAUCAUUUUUAUUUUAGCUGACGAUAUGGGUUUUAACGAUGUGGGUUUUCAUGGAUCCGCUCAGAUACCAACGCCGAACAUCGAUGCUCUUGCCUAUUCUGGAUUAAUUCUAAACAAUUAUUACGUUACGCCGAUAUGUACACCAUCGAGAUCGGCGCUUAUGACUGGUAAAUACCCGAUUCAUACAGGCAUGCAGCACCGUGUGUUAUAUGCGGCUGAACCACGAGGAUUGCCACUAACCGAAAAAAUAUUGCCACAAUAUUUGAAAGAGCUUGGCUACACAAAUCAUUGCGUUGGAAAAUGGCAUUUGGGACACUAUAAAAGUGAAUAUACGCCAUUGCAUCGGGGAUUUGAUAGUCAUAUUGGCUACUGGACGGGGCAUCAUGACUAUUUCGACCAUACGGCAGUGGAACAACAAUGGGGUUUUGAUAUACGACGUGGCAUGGAUGUGGCCUAUGAUUUACACGGUCAAUAUACGACUGAUAUUAUCACCUCUGAAUCGGUGCGAAUUAUUCGGUCACAUAACGCAUCACAUCCGUUGUUUUUGUACAUUGCACAUGCCGCCGUCCACUCCGGAAAUCCCUACAAUCCAUUACCGGCGCCCGAUUCGACAACAAGUAAAUUAACCCAUAUCAAUGAUUUCGCACGAAGAAAAUACGCUGCAAUGUUAACUCAUUUGGAUUAUUCGGUUGGAGCCGUUGUUCAUGAAUUGGCCCAAAAUAAUAUGCUCAAAGAUUCGAUCAUAGUUUUUAGUACAGACAAUGGUGGUCCAGCCGAAGGUUUUAAUCUGAAUGCAGCCAGUAAUUGGCCGUUACGCGGAGUUAAAAACACUUUAUGGGAGGGCGGUGUUAGAGGUGCUGCUUUAUUAUUUAGUCCAAUGCUAACGAAGAAAAAUCGUGUUUCCAAACAAAAAUUGCACAUAGUUGACUGGCUACCAACACUUUACUAUGCGGCUGGAGGAAAUGUUGAGCAAUUAAAUGUGACGCUCGAUGGAAAGAAUCUAUGGCCAGCUCUAUCCGAAGACACGAAAUCGGAUCGUACAGAAGUUUUACAUAAUAUUGAUGAUAUUUUUGGUAGUGCUUCACUAACAGUUGGCGAAUGGAAAAUUCAUAAAGGCACCAACUAUAAUGGAGCCUGGGACUCUUGGUAUGGACCCGCAGGUAUUCGGUCAGCAACAGCGUACAAUGUAAACGGAGUCAUUCAAAGUCCGGCCGGACAAGUGUUAAAUCGAAUCAAUUUACUGCCGUCAGCAGUGCAUAUGCGCAAAAUACGAAGUGAUGCCACCGUUGAUUGUACAAAAAAUCAAACAUCAGAAUCAAUUUGUCGACCACUUGAAAAACCAUGUUUAUUUAACGUCGACGAAGAUCCAUGCGAACAAAAUAAUUUGGCCGAACAGAAUCCGCAGAUAUUGAAUGAUUUACUUGAAAGACUACAAUAUUAUAAUCAAACAGCCAUUCCCCCCGGCAAUUUGCCACUCGAUCCCAAUGCAGAUCCACGAUUUUUCGAUAACACCUGGACGAAUUUUGGUGAUUUCAACAAAAAAAUGAUGUACAGCUAAAAGAAAAGAUUUGCUCUUCUUUUAUCACUUGCAAAGUUUAUAAUAAAAAGAAAUGUUUAUAUUCAAAUCGAGUUAGUUCAAAUAUUAAAUACGGCGCACACAGCGC